AAUUUCUUUCUCGCUCUCAUUUUUUCUAUCUCCCUCGCUUUGAUUUAAUCACGUGUGCGUUAUUGUCAAUGAUAGGUAUGUCAGUUCUCCUGCGUUAUCUACUCGUAGUAAGUAAGGAAGUUUUGUGUCUAUGUAUCUGUGAGUGUCGUAUAAUGGCGCUCCUUUAAAUUUCAACCUCGAAAUUAUCCGCGACAUGCCGCCGAAGAAGAACGCCGGUGCCGCGAAAGGUAGCAAGGGUAAAUCCUCGGAGGAAGGUGGUGCCGGAAAGACAGAAAAGAAGGGUGGAAACUCAGUGAAGGUUAGACAUAUCCUGUGCGAGAAGCAAUCAAAAAUAUUGGAAGCGCUGGAAAAGUUAAAAGCUGGUCAGAAAUUCAAUGAAGUCGCGGCGGCAUACAGUGAGGACAAAGCCAGAUCUGGGGGCGAUCUUGGAUGGAUGACACGAGGUUCCAUGGUGGGACCUUUUCAAGAUGCCGCUUUUGCGUUACCAGUUUCCAGCCUGGCGUCUCCUGUUUAUACAGAUCCACCGGUGAAAACAAAGUUUGGAUAUCACAUAAUAAUGGUGGAAGGUAAAAAAUAAUUUCAUUGCACAAGCACAUAUUUCAUAAACACGUUUGUGAAUUUGUUAUAUAUCUCUUUUUCUAUAAUUAAGCAAAUAUAUGAUAUAGAAUUGUAGAUACCAAUUUGUUUGAUACCUGUGAUAUAUUUUAUCAUAAUAAAUAUUUUUUGUAUAUAUUUUAUA